AUGCUCCACAAAUUAAAAGUCAAUGUUUACCAUAAUAGCGGCAAGGCCAGUAAAUACUUAGCUAAUAGAUUACAAGCAAAGUACGCCAACUCAAAAAUCUCCCACAUUAUAGGUGAGGACGGCACCAAAAACAUCACCCCCACUGCUAUUAGUCAGGAAUUUGCGGAGUUCUACUCCAAACUCUAUAACCUGAACACCUCCGGCAAUGUACAUUUGGCAAGCAAAGACGAAAUAAAUAGUUACCUACAAAAGGCUAACCUCCCCCAAAUAGACCUGACACAAGAAGCCGAACUGCUAAAACCUAUCAAAAUGCAGGAAGUGCUAAACGUGAUAAUGGGAUUACCAAGGUGGUAA